GAGAAUCAAACUCUAUUCAUCAACAAAAAAAAGAAAGCACUAGCAUUUCAUUUGCAACACACUUACACAACCCUCUCCUUUCCAUUUGGCCUCGAGUAGAAGAGAAAGAUGAGUGUAGAAAUUUUGGAUGGUGCCACCAUUGUCAACUUCCUUCAGGAUGAAGAAGCAUUCAGUGUCUCAGUUCUUAACCGGUUCUCUCACCUUGACACAGACAAUGAUGGUCUUCUCUCGUAUGCAGAGAUGUUGAAGGAGCUCCAAAGCCUGAGGGUGUUGGAAACGCACUUCGGUAUUGAUGUGGAGCCAGACCCAGAUGAGCUUGCUCGUGUUUAUGAAUCCUUGUUCGUACAAUUCGAUCACAACUUGAAUGGCACAAUUGAUCUCGACGAAUUCAAGAAGGAAACGAAGCAGAUGAUGCUUGCCAUGGCAGAUGGAUUGGGUUUCUUGCCGGUUCAGAUGGUCUUGGAAGAAGACAGCAUCCUUAAAAAAGCUGUUGAAAGAGAGUCCAAUAAAGUGGCUGCUUAAUUAAGUACUAUUUUAUUCAAGAAGCUUGCCAUUCAUAGAGUUCUGCUAUUGUUGUAACAUUUUAAUGUUCUGUUUCUUGUUAUUACUUGUUCCAGUCAAAAGUCUUAAACUGCUUUUUUUUUUUUUGAAUUCCUUGUGUACACUUGAACUGAGCUAUCUUAAGCUGACCUUUACAUCUCUAGCCCAAGAACUAGAGUAGCUGUUGAGAGAAUGAUUGAAAUUAUGACCAUCUAGAUCCUUAUUUUUCUAUUA